CUCGAGCUUAAGAGUGCCCGCUGGGAUUAACAACAACCGAUUUUCCUUGAUGGUGAGAAACAACACAUUUGAUUCUGUUGUCGGCCUACUCCCCCCUUUCCCUUAUCGGCCCACAAUUCCCCACCUGUGCUUUCAUUUUUGGUAUGCUGUUUGACAAGUUGCAAAGACCUCCAUCUUUGAUGUUGCAGAGACGGCAGUUCCGCUGGCCCAAACGCCGCACUGCCGCCUUUGGAGUUUUGGCUCUGCUUGUGGUCUCCAGUCUCUCGUGGUACCUUGGUCGUGGUAAUUCUCCACGUUCCAGUCGGCUUUUUCUGCCCGUGAUAUUGUGCUGACUACCAAUCCAUGACAGAUGGUAUCAACCCCGUGCAUGAGCAAAUAUCCAGAUACACAGACACUUAUAACAAUGCAACGAAUGAGAUCGGCUUGGUAUUAGCAGCGAGGAAGCAUGAAGAUCUAAACUGGGUGCUGGAAUACUGUAGGGAUCACGGGACAAUUCCAUUUGUCUACACCACUGAUGCCAAGCCGGCGCCUCAUCUUUUGACUCCGCGUACGAUUCGUGGUCGCGAGGCCACCGCCUACCUCUCCUUUAUAAUCGACUAUUACGACAGACUGCCAAGUUACACCUUCUUCGUACAUUCCGAUCAUGACCAGUGGCAUAAUGACCUAUUUGGCCCUCAUACCGGGCCAAUUCUGCGCAAUCUCCGCUUAGAGGCUGUCGAUGCGCGAGGUUAUCUUAACCUCCGAUGUGAGCAUGAUCCCGGCUGUCCAACAAGUGUUCAGCCGUGGAGCCCGUCAAACCUCGAUAGAAAAAACCAUGAUAUCCGCGCCUAUUUUGCCGAGGUGUACCAAGUACUGCUUGAUGUUCCUGCCGACCAAGUUCCAGAGCAGAUUGGAAAUGUCUGUUGUGCUCAAUUUGCUGUUAGCCGGGCGCGACUUCUUCAACGGCCCCGAUCCGACUACGAGCGUAUGUUACGCUGGGCGGAUGAAACAAAGCUGACAGACAGUUUUGGAGUUGGAUGGGUCUUCGAAAAGAUUUGGCACAUCAUCUUCGGAAUGGAGGCUAUAUAUUGCCCUCGAUAUGAACAAUGUCGGUGCGACGCGUAUGGCUGGUGUGGACCUUUGAUCUCGGGUGAGACUCUAACAGCAGUGCGAGCAAAUCAGACCUGAUGAUGGAGCCGAUGAUUCCAUUCGAAAUAUAGAGUGUACUGUCUUAUGUGGGGGAAUGUACAGAACCAUCAAAAAUACUCCAUUUUGAAGCCGAAAAGAAUCGCAGUGUGCAAUGCAAAUUUAUCCAAGAAUGGUGGUGUGCGCUGGAUCUUCAUCAAUUUCAGCACUAUUUCAUACCUGAGGUGUGGGAAAGAACGUUCUACUUAGUCGA